AUGGCGACAAUUUCCGAAGUCAGGCCCGACGGCGUGCACGUGCUAGACCCUAGAGGAGAUGUUAUACUGGUGUUGGAAGAUCCACAUCUCGCACAAGAGAAUGCAGAGCCAGAGCCGUCCCCAGAGGAAGAGAUGACUCCUCUCAUUCCCGAGGAAGCACCUGCCGAAGAAACCACGGACUCAAUCCCCGAGUUUUAUACGCCGCUUCCUGAGUCUGAAAAAGAAAAUCUUGAGCCAGAACCAGAGCCAUCUGUGCCCGAAGCGCCCAUUCCCGAGCCCAAUGGCGACUAUCCCGAUCCGGACGAGAUACCGGUUGAAGUUCCUCCACCUGCACCAGAGCUCGAGCAGGGGCAUCACAAUACACGAGUACUCGUUUCUUCGAGUAUUCUCCGACUUGCCUCUCCCCUUUUUGCCGCCCUGCUGGAGAACGCUGCCACCGAGGACAAAAUCCCUAACGAGCAUUCGCCCCCAGAGCUGGACUUCACCGACCUCGAAGACCCAGACGCAUUUAUUAGCCUCCUCAAAAUCAUGCACCUCCGGACGCGCUCAGUCCCGCGCACUGUAGGACUUGAGAAGCUGACGCAGCUGGCGAAGCUGGUCGACCAAUUCGGCUGCCACGAGGCUGUUGAGCUCUUCAGCGACGGCUGGAUCGACAGCCUCCAGUCUCACCUACCUACGGACAUGGAUGGUUUCUCGGAGGACAUAUGCAGAUGGAUCUGCAUCGCGUGGGUGUUCGGGCGGGAGCGAGAGUUCAAGAUUGCGACGAAGGUUGCUCAGCGCUGCGCGUGCAAGCCGCUCGACUGCAGGGAAUACCCAAUACCCAAGGAAACAAUCGACUCCAUCAACCGCACCCGCAACCGCGCCCUCGUCACCCUCCUCCUCACCCUCAACGACCUCGUCGACACCUACCAAACCAGCCUCUCCGCGCCCCGCUGCAGCGACGAGUGCGACUCGCUCGUCCUCGGCGCGCUGACGCGCCGCCUCAAGGCGCGCGGCCUGCUCGAGUGGCUGUCCGACCCGUACCCGUACGUGCCGCACGUCAACGGCCCCGCCAUCGUCGCCGCCAGCAGCGUCGUGCCCGACUUCUCCGUCCGCAGCCUCGCCGCGUGGGUCCGUGAGCUGGAGUUGCCGUCGGUGCACGGCAGGCUUUGGGAGGCCGCUGCUGCUGUUGAGGCGCCGCUGCUACCGCCACCGCUGGCACCGGAGGAACCGCCGCUCCCGCCGCCCGCGGUGGAAGUGCCCGAUGAUGGGGAUGUUGUGCAGGUGGUGGAGGCGGUGGUGCCGGGCGGCGGCGGCGAGCCGGAUGAUUGGGGCGUGUGGGGCACGUCGACGGUGAAGGGGAGGCGGAACAAGAGGAAGGUUGCGCUGCGCGAGGAGGUCCCGCCGCCGCCGCCGCCGUGGUCGGAACUUGAUGCGGAGCCGUGCGAUCCGCUGGCCGGGACGAAGGCGCGGGUGGCGGAGAUUGAAGCGGGAUUGCGCGGACUGGAUAUUGAGUCGUUGAGGAUUUGA